ACGGUGCCACAGCCUCUUUCCGUUCCUCCCGCGCGGCUGCACGGACGCUCGGAUCGUUGGAAUACUUCUGCUUUCACUGGAAAUGUGGCAUACAGCCUAUUUGGAUACAUCCCGCCAGUAGUUUAUCCCCCCUUCCAGUGUGACUUUCGCCAGCUCUCGGCAGUCCUCCGGGCUGCUCCGUGUCGGCAGUGAGCAGCAGUAGAUCUUUGAGUUUGGAUGUUACUGAUUGUGUCUCUGUCCAAAUGACUGAGAAAGGAACCACCGGGAGACGCUGCUCUCCGUCCCGCGCCUGUACGGCGACCGUCGGGUAAAGUUUGAACGGCAGGGAUGAUAGUGGUUCAUCUUCCGUGAGGUUUGCAAAUUAUUACAAUUUACCACAGCGAGGAAAACACCAUCUUCUCUAGACCAAAGGGGACCUCUUUCUGGGAUUACUCGUUUACUGGAUUUAUUCGUAAAACAUGAAGACUUUAAUUGUUGAGGGUGGUCACCUCCUCUGCCUGGUGUUAUGGUUUAACCUGGUGCCAGUGAUGAACGGCUGCCCAGCAAAGUGUGUGUGCUACAGCGAGCCGAGGCCAACCGUGGCCUGUCAACAGCAGGGUCUGUUUUCCAUUCCCACCGAGAUCCCCGUCCGAAGCCAGCGAAUAUUCCUCCAGAGCAACAAACUGACAGUGGUCCGAUCGACCAGCUUUAGUUCAGUGCAUAACCUCACCGUCUUGUGGAUGUACUCGAAUAACAUCAGCCAUAUUGAGGCAGGGGCUUUUUACGGGUUGGAAAGACUGGAAGAAUUAGACAUAGGUGACAACAGCAACCUUCGCAUCAUCAGUCCCACUGCGUUUCGGGGUCUGACCAAGCUGCAUACCCUUCACCUGCACAGGUGCGGGCUGUCCGAGCUCCCGGUGGGAGUUUUCCGAGGACUCUUCUCGCUUCAGUAUCUCUACCUGCAGGAUAAUAACCUUCUGGCGCUGCACGACGACACUUUCCUGGACCUGGCCAACCUCACCUACCUAUUCAUACAUAACAACAAGAUCAAGGUUGUGACUGAUCACAUGCUGCGAGGUCUCAUCAACCUUGACCGCUUGCUCCUGCACCAGAACCGCAUCAUACACGUGCAACAGCAGGCUUUCAAUGACCUUGGCAAGCUGACCACCUUGUUUCUCUUUUUCAACAACCUCACGAUGUUGACAGGAGAGGCCAUGAACCCGCUGGUGUCCCUCCAGUACCUGAGGCUCAAUGGAAACCAAUGGAUUUGUGACUGUCGAGCCAGGCCGCUGUGGGACUGGUUCAAGCGCUUCAAAGGGUCCAGCUCCGAGCUGGAGUGCCACAUUCCAACCUCUCUAACCGGAAAGGACCUUAAGCGACUGAAAAGCGAUGAUUUGGAGGGAUGCGUGGACUCCCCGUCAGAGGUUCAAACCAGUAUCUUCAACACCAAGGCACGCUCUGGAAAGUUCCUCUCGCUCGACGAUCCUCUUGUCGAAAGCAUUCCCAGGUGCUGUCUUUCGGAUAACGACAAAUCCUCCAUUAUCUCCAGUAAGUCCCUCCCGGAUCCUUCAUCCUACAACAGCCGGCAGAUCACCAACAAUCCCCUGAAAGAGAAGGAGAACAUCUCCAACCGCGCAGGAGCAUCCACAGGCUCCUCUGCCUUCUGUAUGUGUACGUGA